AUGAAAUCGGACGAUUUAAGUUAUUGGAAUGUGAAAAAACCAUAUAAUAAUAAUGAGAUGGAAAGUAUCGAUGAUGAAAAACGAUCUAUUGCUUUUAUACAAUUACCCUCACAUCUUAUUACAUCACCCGAUUGCCAAUGUCGUCGUUCAUUUCAUAUCUUUUGUACAGAUUUAUUUCAUGAAAAUGAUCAAAAUAUAGAUAUGUUGAAUAAUCAUCCUGCCCCACGUACACAUGAUAGAGGUUUAUCUCGUCGAGUAUCAACACCAUAUAGAAAAAAUCGUCCACGACCACUCGAAGAUAAUGAUCAAAAUACUGUUGUAACAAGUAGAUCAGAACCAUGUCAAGUGAUUCUUCCAGAAAGCCAAUCACUUGAAAAAAAGUUACGUGUUCCACCAAAACUUCCAACACGAACGACAUCGUUAAAUAUUCAACCUUCUCAUCAUUCAUUUCCAAGUUCAUUAAAAUAUUCUCCAUCAAUACGUAUACCAAAACAAACACCAAUACUUGAUGAAUUACAAAUUCGUGCUUCAUCUGUUUUUGAUCAAUCACCAUCAACAUCCCAAUUAUUUAUUCCACGUGGCCCACCACCAUCACCAAAAACACCUACACAAGAAUCAUCAACAAUAUUCUUAAGUUCAAUUAUUCCACCACCACUUCGUGCUGUAUCUAUAACACCAUGUGCUAGAAAUUCAAAUGAAAAUACAAAAAAAUUAACACAUACAUCAUCUGUUAAAAUAACAAAUUAUGAAGAUCAUGCACGAAAUUAUCUUUCAGCUUCAGAUUGUUCUGAUGAUGACAAUGAUGAUGAUAAUGAGAAUAAUGAUAAUAAUAAUAAUAAUAAUGAUAAAAAUAUCAAUCAAGUAAUAACUCUAAAAAAACCAAAAGUACCUGUACGUACUCGAUCAUUAUCAAGAACAGGAACAACAUUACGUGAUCGUUUAUUAACACACAAUGCAAAUCAUUAUUUAAGUUUAGCUGAAGUUUAUUAUUCAUCAUUCGAUGUACAUAAAAAUCUUACAGAAAAAUCUCGACGACGUUUAAGAGCACAAACACGUUUAACGAUGUCAAACAAUGACAAUGAUGAUGCAUCGACAACUAUAACAAAAACAACAAAGACAACACAAGUACCACAAUCAAAAUCAGGUUUUGGAUUUUCUAAAACAGCAAGUUCAAUGCAUUUUGGAUAUGCAGCUGGUCGACUUCCUUUACAAGGAAGUUUUGAAAAAUGGCCACAACCUUUAUCCCAUCGAACAUCAAUUGAAAGAAAACAAGAAGUUACAACACUUCGUCUAGUGACAUUGCCUUUAGUUACAUCUUGA